AAACUCAGCGAUUACUUAUUUUAUUUUCAAAACACACAAAAAAUUAAAAUGUUAUUGUUAUUCGCACUCCCGGGCACGCACUUUCAUCUCGGUCACGCUUGCACUCAGUGUGAGUGAGAGAAGAACAUGAACUUAUCACCCUAAUCCUACUCUAAUACCUUAUGGUGGUAUUAUCCACUCGAGAUCACCUUUCUCCUAACGGCGGGGUCAGUAUCCUCGGAGGCUGCAGUGCCGCGGCGCCCUCGGACCGACGCGCGCGCAUCCACAUCGAGAUCCAUACAUUACGAUUGCAGCCAUGAUUCGUCAGGUGGCAAUUCUGGCCAUAAGUGUCCAGGUCAUCACAUUUAAUGUGGUGCACACAGCAAAACAACAAGUCCCACUCUCCGACUCCUACCUACCCGUCGCCAUGCAAGUCAUCGCUCACCUCACCGACCAAAUGGCUUUCGAGGCGCGUGACGAGCCCAAACCGACCACCAGUCGGCCGACGAAGACGACCAGUCGGCCGACUGGUCGACCGAUGACGACGGGCAAGCCGAUGACACCGAGACCGGACGCGGUGCAGCAAACAACACCAUACCACAAGCCCGGUAUCUACGCCCCCCUCGCGCCCCCCAAGCCCGACGACCGCACGUACCUCCUUCCCCCCAACCAAAACGCCCCAUACACCGUCAUCCAGCCACAGAAAACCAACACAAACGAGCCUCUUCUCUCUAUACAUGAAGAUGAAGUGAAGCCGCUUAUUGAACCGAGUCCAGAGUCGCAUCUUCUUCCACCGCAUUUUGCAGCUGAUGUUGAUAAAAUAUCACGUUCAGAUAGUCUGAUGCUUGAAGAUUGGGAAGAGAAUCUCCAGUAUUUAUCCCCAAGUGUGAGGGAGAUGAUUAAACUAGCGAAUGACCCUGAUGAUGAGAGAUUGAUUGAGGAUGUGAGGGCUGGGCCUCAAGGGAAUAAAGGAGGGUCGAAGCUGAGUGCUUCCAAUUUGAGGCUGCUGCUUUUGUAUGAUCUUCUGAGCAGGGAGGCGAAGAGGCAGAGGCUUUCAGAUUAUUAUGGUUUUUCUCCUGACGUUCUCCAAACCCUCUCCGAGUCCGCCAGCGGCGGUGCGCGCGCGCAGCUCCGCCUCGCCCUAUCCAAGAUGGUGGAACGCAAGGACUGUCAACAUGAAUACGCCAACAACAGGGCACGGGAAAUGGUCGACGAGUUGGCGAGAGACGAGUCCAAGCUGUCGAGUGAGAUACGGUAUCUGCAGCCGCUGGUGUAUAACAGGCUUUAGACAUUAAGACAAGUUAAGAUUAGUAGUUUUCAGAUAAAUAGGGAUUUUACAAGAAAUUUAAGCAAAUUUCUUUUAAAAAUUAGGUACAGAAGUUAGAAAGGAAGUGACGAACGACGUUGAUGACGAAGAAGAAGAAUAAGGUAGAAGUAUUUCACGUGAACAGAAUUAUAGAGAUAAGUUGUAGUUGUCAAUAAGUGAGAUGCGGUAUCUGAAGCCGCUGCUGGUAACAGCUGGUUUAGACGAAGCAAGUAAAGAUUAGUAGUUUAUGGAAAACGUGAUUAUUUUACAAGAAUCUGAUUUUACGGAACCUGGGGGCGAUUUUUGAAUUUCGAGCGCUCGAUUUCGUCACUCGAGAAUCUGUAGAAAAUGGCGAAAUGAUAUUUUUGAAGUAGGAGCGAUAGAAAUUGGGAAUCGAGUGGAAUUUACCACUCGUUUUCAAUUCUAUUAGUAGAAUUUAAAUGCCUAGUAGUGGAGAUAUUAUUAAAGGGAGUACGAAAUCGAGCGAUCGAAAUUCAAAAAUCGACCCCCUGGUCGGUAUUGAAAUUAUUAGUUUCCCACACUAACUUGUGGGAAUUUUCCGAAAUAUUUUCAUGUGGUUUUUAAAGUUUACAUUUUAUAAAGUUUCCAUUGGUAUAUCAGUAAUUGCAUUGUUUCAAUCUGCCCCGAUCGUGACCACGUCAAAAGUUUGGAAAAAAUUGCCAAUUUAAAAAUAAGUUAUGUCGUCUAAAUGAACUAGUGUAUAACAAACUUUAAAAAGAUGCGUAAUGAAUGGCGUAAGUAUUUUGUGCACCAUUUAACGUUCAGCCAAACGCAUCAUGAUAUAAUAUCUUGAACAAUUGACUUUCUCCUAUUGUUAUGAAAGGUUACCUUACCCGAUCUUAAUAUCUUUCCUAUUCCUAAAAAGUAAAUAUAGACAAUACUAUUGCGACCGUAGAAACCGUAAUAAUUAGUUAUAAGUAUUAAACAGAAGAUUUUGCAAAAUUAAACAUUAAAAUUGUUAUUCAAAUGCAUCUAGCUGUAGGUAUAUUAUUUUACAAUAUUUUAUUAAAAGGAAACUCAUUGAGAAACCCCUGAAUUCAAAAUCUAAGGGCAAACAAAUUUUGGUCUGUUUUAAAUCUUAAAUCUUAAUAAUAAAUGGUUGGAACAGGGUACCUACCAUGUAAAAUACGUAGAAUUCUUGUCGUAGAUUUUUGUAGCAUAUUUUAAAAUGUAUGAAGAAAACGAUAAAUAUAAUAAUUUUACUAUAGUUAAGUUUUAUUAUAAAAUACAAUGCAUUUAAGACUUCUAUUCAUAGUUAAGUAAAUAAUUAUUAAAGAAUAAGUUAUUUUUAGCACUCGUUAAAUAAACACAGAUUUUAUUACAACAUUAUCCGAUACUAGUAAUGUCUUUUGAACUUUUUUUUAACUGAUAAAGUCACAAAUAUAUGGCAGUUUUUACUUGAUGUACUACCAGUAAAUAAAUUAUGUAUCAAAAA